CAGGGCUGCUCUCGCUCAGCACCGGGGGAGCUGCUGGGGCUCCCAUGUGCUCCCGGUCCGCCUGGGAGGACCGGCUCAGGACCAUGGGCCUUUCCCUGACAGCCCUACUCUGCCUCAGAUUCCUCGUGGUCCAGGCAUUGGAAGACUUCUACGACCUGCCCCCUCCCAGGUUCGAGGUGGAGCCCAACUACCCCGUGCCGCUGGGGAAGACGCUGCUCCUGCGCUGUCUGGGGGCGUACGACUCCUUUAGCUACCGCCUCUAUAAGGAGGCCCUCGAAGAGCCCCUGUCCCUUAACGACUCGUGCCAGGAAAACCCGUCCCCCGUGUUCCACUUCCCCAACGUCACCCAGGCGCAGGCCGGACGCUUCCGCUGUCUCUACAACUUCCACUCCUUCUGGUCCAAGCUCAGUGAACCCCAGGAUGUGCUGGUGGCCGACCUAUUUGAAAAACCCUUCCUCUGGGCGACUCCCGGUCUCUCGGUGCCCCUGGGCGAGAAUGUCACCUUCCGCUGUAACUCCAGCGUGGGCUUGGACAAAUUCAUCCUGUACCAUGGCACUCCAGAAAAAGGGUUCAAGACCAUUAAUCCCCAGAGCGUUAGAAAGAACGAGGCCAUCAUCCCUCUGCUCAACAAAACAGAAGAAAUGAAUGGGAAUUACAGAUGCUACGGCUACAUGAGCAGUGAGCCCCAUUAUUGGUCGGCUGCCAGCGACGUGCUGGUGCUAAGUGGCGUGGCUCUCCCUCCUGGGCAUUGUAAUACGAUUCAUCUUAUUCACGUGGUCUUGGCCUUGGCUGCCCUGGGCAUCUUGCUGACCUAGUCCUGGCACAAGCAGAAUGGGUGCAGAGUUGAAGCCAGGAGACGUAAAUCUGAGUGGCUGGAGGAAGACAAACGGGAGUCCCAAGAUUCCUCAUUCCCAAGUGCAGGUUGGA